AUGUCGGACCAUUUUAUUGCCGAGGAGAACCUGCAAAAGGUCAUGUCAACAACAGAGAACAUAGAGAUGCCAUCAAAUCAGUCACAACAUAGUUCACACGACUCUGAGGACCAGCAUUCCGAAGUCAACCAUGAGCCUAUUCAAGAACGUUAUGGAAACCCUUCAUACUCUCGAUUUCGCCGUGUGGCUUCGAAAACAAUUGUGUCUUUCGGACAAAAUGACCCAGAAAACCCUGUGAAUUGGGGAAAUAAGAGAAAAUUUCUAGUCCUUGCUUCCGGUGUCAUGCAAGUUAUGAACAGCACGAUCGGUUCAUCAAUCUGUAGUAACGCCAUCCCUCAGAUUGCCGAAGAGUUUCACAUCACCAACCAAGCAGCUCUGGUGUUACCUAUCUCCAUCUUUCUCAUCGGCUACAUUUUGGGACCACUGCUUUGGGGACCCAGCUCUGAGUACUUUGGCCGAAAGCCCCCUUUGCUUAUAGCCUAUUGCGGCUUCAUGAUCUUCACGCUGGCGUGUGCAGUGGCAGAUUCAUAUACCUCAUUGCUUAUCUUCCGAUUACUCAACGGAAUGGUGGCAUCAGCGCCCAUUGCCACUGUUGGUGGACUGUUUGCCGACGUACACGAUGACCCUACACUCAGAGGUCGCUUGAUGGCAUAUUUCAUGGCUUGUACAACCUUUGGACCUAUCAUCGGACCCUGGGUGUCUGGUUUUGUCGCAGUCGUGAGCUGGAGGUGGUGUUUCUGGAUCGGACUAAUUUGCUCAGGGGCGACUCUCCCGUUGGUCAUUUUCAUGCCAGAAACCUACGGACCUGUGAUUCUGAAGCAUCGUGCGAAGAAACUUCGCAAAGACACCGGCAACUCGAGCAUUGUGUCUCCGCUGGAUGUGGAGAGCCGCAACCUGCGAGAAAUGUUCCUAAUUACGAUCUCACGACCUUUCCGCAUGAUCAUGCACGAGUCUAUUGUUUCUUUGAGUUCUCUUUAUCUGGCGCUUGCAUAUGCGAUUUUCUACCUCUACUUUGAGGCUUAUCCUAUCAUUUUCCAAGGCAUCUACAAGAUGAGUCCAGGUGUUUCUGGUCUGAUGUUCCUGCCAAUCGGCAUCGGAGCCAUUCUUGCAUGCGGAGUUUUUCUAUGGUAUGAUGGUUACCUAGCGCGAGCCAAAGCGCGCAACGCGGAAUGGGCCUUCAUCGAAGAAUAUCGAAGACUUCCUCUGGCAUGCAUCGGAGGACCGCUCUAUGUUAUUUCCUUGUUCUGGGUAGGCUGGACAUCCUCGCCAAACAUUCACUGGGUUGUACCCUUCCUCUCCGGCAUCCCCUUUGGAAUGGGCUAUCUCCUAAUUUUCAUGGCCAUGCUCAACUACCUGACUGACGCCUAUGAGACUCUCUCUGCAAGCGCACAAUCUGCCGCAAGCUGUACGCGAAGUAUUCUGGGCGCUGUGAUCCCUCUGGCUGCCAAGCCAAUGUUCGACCGUCUUGGUGUGGCCUGGGCUUGCAGUCUCAUUGCAUUUCUCAGUCUGGCAGUCUCUGUCAUUCCCUUUGCCUUUAUCAAAUACGGUGAUCGGAUCAGAGCUAACAGCAAGUUUUGCCAGGAGCUUAAGCGUCUUAAAGAGGUUGAACGACUGGAGCUGGAACGAGAGGAUCGUCUUGCUAAUGGCUCUGAUGAGCUGAAGCCUGUUCCAUCAUACAAUACUGGUCGCUCAAUGACGAGAAUUGAGACUGCUCGCAGCCAUGCUGACAAGGCAUCGAUCAUUUGUUAA